AUGAAGCAAGCCAUGUUAGUGCCGCUGGCGCUGAUGAUCGUGCCGAUGCUGGCCAUGAAGACCAACACUCGGUUCGCCAGCCAGAAGAACGAUCCGUCUGGAUUCGAUGUCACCGGUGGAGCCAACCUUUCGGAGAACGGCACGGCGACUCUGGAGAACAUCGUGCAGAAGAAUCUUCAGAACGACUUGGGAGAGGCUGAGAAGAUGGAGAAGCCGGAGAUCAUCGAAGAAGCGGAAGGCGCCGGAAACAACACCAACGAAACGACGAAGGGAUUCGAAGGAUUGGCGGAGAAGUUGGAGUGGUUUAUGCUGAAGGUGGCGCAGUUGGAGACUGUCGUCGAGAUCCAGCAGCUUGAACUCAACAAACUGAACGCGAAGCUGGACGGCCACGUGGAGACAGAGCACGACAAGGAGGUGCCCCAGCUUUCGCUUCUGGAGUUGAAGCAGCAGGAGGAGGCAAAGUCGCAGCAAGCGCAGACGAUUCUGAAGAGAGUCUUCAAGAAGCACAUUCAUGAGAUGGAGAAGAGGACCUUCGACUCAUCGAUAAAGGCGACGGAAGGGAUGGAACCCUCAGCACGGCCGGCUCGUGCCAAACCUCCCAAGUCCAACAGGAAGAACCCAGACAGCAGCUUGCUCGAGCGCCGGCAGUCAUCAGAUGCGAGAUCCGAGGAGGAGGGGUUCUGUAGCAUCUGCCUUGCCGUGUUCAAGAUAUGA